AUGGGCAAGUAUGCUGAAUCUGCAGAGUGGGCAGACGUCGAGCCGGUGCCGCAGAACGACGGGCCAGGCCAGCCGCUUGCCGCUAUCAUGUAUCCCGCCGCGUACAGUGAGGCCAUGUCGUACCUUCGAGCCGUCAUCGCAAGACAGGAGAUGUCCGACCGUGUCCUAGAGCUGACGGAGGACAUUAUUUCCAUGAAUCCUGCCCACUACACCGUCUGGCUGUAUCGCGCCAAAACAGUCUUCGCAACCGGCCGCGACCUUCGCACUGAAAUCGCCUGGCUCAAUCCAAUCGCCCUGCGUAACCUGAAAAACUACCAGAUAUGGAACCACCGCCAGACCAUGAUCGACCGCCUCGACGAUCCCAACGGCGAGGCAGAAUUCAUCACACAAAUGUUUGAGCAGGACAGUAAGAAUUACCACGUCUGGAGCUACCGCCAGUGGCUCGUCAAGAGGUUUGCCCUGUGGGACAGCGAUGAGUUCGAGGCUGUCGACGAGCUGUUGCGUAAGGACAUCAGGAACAAUUCCGCCUGGAAUCACCGAUGGUUCCUGAAUUUUGCCCGCGGCGAUGAGGCGCUGGCAGACAAGAAGAGGGUAGAUGGCGAGGUCGAAUACGUCAAGGAAGCUAUUGCCUUGGCACCACAGAACGCAUCGCCAUGGAACUACCUUCGCGGCCUCGUGCGGGAGGCGAAGGGCCCAGCAACUCUUCCGCUGCGCUCUCUCAAGCCCUUCGCGCAAAAGUACGCAUCGUUGGAUGCACCAGACAGCGUUCAAUCGAGCCACGCCCUGGAGCUGCUUGCAGAUAUCCACGCUGAGGAAAAUCUCGCCAACGAGGCUAGCAAAGCUUUGGAUUUGUUAGCGACUAGAUACGACCCCAUACGUGCAAACUACUGGAUGUGGAAGAAAGAGAAACUGCUGGGAGUACCCGUCUCCGCAUAA